GCGGGGAGUGAAAUCCUGAUGUGUUCAAUGUAUUGUCGGAAGGCUCCUAAAUUAUGUACAGUGGAUUGUAUUUGAGCUAAACCUAAUUUGUGAUCGUUCAGGAUUUAUCGAGAUUAUCAACCGGCAUUAAGGCUAAUUGGAUAGACAAAGCUCCGCAGCAAAAAGCAAUCAAUAUACAGCUGCUAUAGCAGUAGGCUACAGACUACCAGCCUUAUGAAAUGUGGUAAAGAAUUUCACUGUUUAGAGGUCAGCUCUCAGAGAUUAUUAAACUAAAUAUCACAGAAAUAUCUUACACAUCUUUCUCCUUUACUGAAUCUGUGUGUGACCUGGGAGAUGGAUAGGCAGAGCCCGGGAGAGAAGCAGGCGGACACUAAUAGGACUGUGGCCACUACCGCCACCACCCCCACCACAUCAGCUGUCGUUUCCAUGGCGACGCUCGGCUCCAGCGGCACCACGUGCACCGGGGCGCCCUCUACUUGCCUCAGCAUCAUCUCACCCGACAGACAGGCAGUCCAGAUGAUCCAGCACGCCAUCCACAGACCUCAGAGCAUGGCAGCCCAGUACCUGCAUCAGAUGUACGCAGCCCAGCAGCAGCACCUCAUGCUGCAGACAGCAGCCCUGCAGCAGCACCAGCACAACCCGCAUCUGCAGAGUCUGGCCACCAUACAGCAGGCUUCAAUCUGUCAGAGGCAGUCACCUUCGUCAUCCAGCGGCAGUUUGGUUCAUCAGCCUGCCGGUGUUUCCCAAAACUCUAUUACUUUACCAGCAUCUCCAGUGACAGCUCAGCUGAUCGGUCGAACCCAACCAUCCAGCUCCACUGGUGCUGCGACUGCUAUAUCCCAACAGGCCAUGCUCCUGGGAAACAGACCGGCCAACUGUAACCAAGCUCAGAUGUACCUUCGAACUCAGAUGCUUAUUCUAACCCCUGCGGCCUCGGUGGCUGCGGUUCAAUCAGACCUCCCUGCUGUCACCUCCUGCUCCUCUUUACCUACCUCCUCUCAGGUGCAGAAUUUAGCUCUGCGUGCCCAUUUGCCUGGAGCCCUGGCUACAGCUCACAGUGUGAUUUUAAAGCCACCCGCCCAGUCCCAAGCCCUGACUUCGGCCUCCUCUUCAUCCAAGACGUCGGUCUGCUCGCCGAAGACCAACCAGCUGACUGACACCUCGACAGAAACAGGACCGGCUGAUGUCACCCGGCUGGCCUCAGGAACUCAGAUUAUAACCCCCACCUACUCUCCAGUGCAAACCCAUGCUGUGGUCAAGCAGCAACUCUCCUGUCCACCAGGCCAGCGAGUGGCCCACCACCAGCUCAUCCUCCAGCAGGCUACAGGAGGAGCUUCAAACCACAGACAGCUCCAACCCAUCGCUCUCAGAGUUGCACCCCAAGAAACCAACUCCAACCCUCUUCCUCUUUCAGUUAAAAGACUGACCACUCCCAGCAUCCAGUCACUAACCAACACUGAUCCCCAAGGCCCUCCUUUUGCCCCUUCUUCUUCUUCUUCUUCUUCUCCGUCCGUCACCAACGUGCUUGCAUCAUCAGCUCAGACCUCAAUCCCUGCUGCCACAGUUCAGCCUCAGCCCCCUCCCCUGGUAGCUGCUCCACAGCGUCGGACCUCAUUCCCACAAGUGCAGAACCGGCCUCCUCCUCCUCCUCCACCUCUGGUUCUCCCCAGGCUGCCCCAGAACCCGCCGGCCUCCCUCCAGAGGCUGUCCCUGCAUUCAGUCCAGGCUUUGGCUGUCCAGUCGGGAAGGAUGCUGCUGACAGAGCAGGAGCUGCCUGUAGCAGAGGCUCUGGUCCAGAUGCCCUACCAGAACAUCCCACCUCCUCAGACAGUGGCCGUCGAUCUGAAAGUGCAUCCAGUCAGACGAAAUGAAAAUCCACCGUCGGGGCAAACAUGCAAAGUGAAUGGACUGAGCUCAGAGGAAAGGAAAGAUGAACGUUCUCCCAGCCCAAAGAGAGACAGGACGCCUACACCUCUCAUUGGGCCUUCUAAGCAGAAUGGUGCAGCCGUCAUGGGUUCAUCCUCCGUCAUGUCCAGUCACUCGGUGAUCAGGUCACCAGUGACGGUGGAGCCAUCUCAGCUCACCACCAGCAACCCCCCUCCUCCUCCAUCUCCUCCUCUACCUCCUCCCAUCCUGCCAGCAGCAGCAGCAGCAGUAAGAGGCCCCAGCCAGCCCCCCUCAUCUCCAGCCAGCCUCCCAGGCAGCCCUGAUAGGAUACUUAGAACCCACGUCCUUACACACCUCAUAGAAGGCUUUGUCAUCCAAGAGGGCCUGGAGCCAUUUCCGAGGAAGACACAACAGGCUUUGGCUACACAGGCGACACUUGUGGUCCCCUCGUCGCUGUUAGCGGACCAGCAGGCCUCGCUUCCUGAAUCCCACGAGAUGCAAACCAACGGGGAUGCAGCAGAGGACAGUCCGCUGGAGGCUGAGCAGUCAGAUUCAUCCGACUCCGAGAUGGAAAACGACGGUCCUGCUGGAGAUGUUGCAGAGCUGGAGGAGAGUGUGGCAGGUGUGCUGCAGUGUGAGUUCUGCGGGAGCAGAGGUUACGCUCACACGUUUCUACGCUCCAAACGCUUCUGCUCCAUGACGUGCGUCAGGAGGUUCAGUGUGAGCUGCACCAAGCGUAUCAGCAUGCUGAGGGCAGGUCGCUGGGGUCACAGGCCUGCGGGCAGGAGAGGACGACCCCCCAGCAGAGUCAACGGAGCCUCCAGAGAGCAUUUUCUGAGACAGGCUCAUGGAGGCCUGAGGAGCGGAGGAGAGGAGGCCCAGGAAGACCAGGAGGAAGAGGAGGAAGAUGAGCCUCCCGCUCCCAUGACAACCAGGCUCCGAAAACAGGCGGAGAGAGAGCGAGAGAGGGAGCGAGUGCAGGAGCAGAGGGUGACAGAAACCAUCUGCGUUUCUGACGGAGAGGAAGACGUCGGCCGUCCAUCUCAGUGGAACGUAGAACAGGUGUUUUCUUACAUCAGCUCCCUGCCAGGAGGUCGGGCUGUAGCCCAGGAGUUUCGCUCCCAGGAGAUAGAUGGACAGGCUCUGCUGCUCCUGACAGAGGACCACCUGGUCGGCAACAUGAACCUUAAACUGGGACCAGCGCUGAAACUCUGUGCCCACAUUAACUCUCUGAAGGAUGCAUAAACGCUUAACAUUCCUCCUCUCAAAGAAUGAAAAUGUGUUCAUCAGGAUUAAGACAUAAAAGAAGAGCGGCGGACGAGGAAGCACAGCCCGUCUGUAGGUCGUAUUUCCUGUAACUGGACUUAAAGCUGCGAGUGGAUAAUGACUGCACAGGCUGCAGUUUUUCCUGAGACCACUGCCAAGGAUUUCACUCCCGCCGGCUGUGGCUGCUUCACUUCUUUCCGUCUCCUCGCAUCAUUCCAUCGUAGUGAUUGUAGCAGUUUGGCUCCGGUUAUCCAUUUGUUUCAAAAUGGUUUUAAAAGCUCUUUGUUUUGUUUGUAUACACAGAAAACAACUUUACAUUUACAUUAUUAUACGUAUUAUUAUACCGUACUCAGAGUUUACGAAACAGAUUAUCGCCUACAAUCUGACAAAUGAAAUUCGAUAGACUUAUCAUCAGCAGACAAACUGCUGUAAUGACUUAUGGAACCAAACUGACCACAAGGUUAUUAUUUAUUAAUUUAUUUAUUAUUGCCAUAAUUAAUAUACAAAUAAAACCAUUAAUUAUUGUGCACUGUUUUG